UUUUUUUUUUUUUUUUUUUUCUUGCUCCUCUGUGCUCUCAGCACAAUUGGUGUUGCUGUGACGGGCCUCGCUAUCGGUCGCGUAGAUCAAACACCCUCCCUCUCCUCCAAGUUUGGAAGAUUUCGAAAAAAGACGCUUUCUUUAACCGAUCCGCCUGUCGCGAAGACAAACGCGAUCAAUUCGCCCAUUUCCGGUGUCUACCCGGAACCUUCAACACCAUCUGGAACAACACCCGCGGACUCGCCCGCACGCCCAGAACCGCGCGACGCGGAGAAACCUGCCGCGCUUAAUGGCCUACAGUCAACGGAAGAGGAUCUUACUCCGCGAAGAAAACUGUCCUUGUUUGCAGGUGUGAGACAACAUCGACGCAGUCAGACUCUCGCCCGCCCGACUGCGCCCGUCGCGGAAAAAGAACCGCAGAGUGCCCAUGUUCGUCGGCCUUCCUCCUGGCUCAAGCGCCUCUCAAUCGUUCCAAAUCAGAAUGAUAGCCGCGUCACCAGCCCCAGUCCUCUUUCCCCCUCCUUCAAUAGAUCUGCCAGUCCGGCGCUUUCCCGAACCCAAAGUCAGCGCAGAGCGCCAAACAAAUUGGUGAAACGACCUGCGUUGGAGCUGUCCCAUAAUGCACAUUCGCCAUCGGGCCGUUCGUCGCUCGCCUCACCAACCUUCCGCAGGCCUGCCACAAGUUACCAGCGGUUUGAGAAAUCUCGACACAGGCCAACGCACAGCUUGAACUUCGAGCCGGGUUCGUUUACAAAUGCGCCGUCAGUGCAGUCACCCACAGCCAGCAAGGCUCCGGAACCGGUGAGCAACGACACUGCAGUGCGGCCUUACCUGGAUUCUACUCUCGAUGGAUUGCCGGAACGACUGGUUCGUAAAUUGUCGACAGCUCCAAUACCCAGGGACCAACGGCUCCGUCGAAUCAUUCCUCCCGGUACAGUCGCGGCUCCUGUACUCGUCCGGGCGACCUCUAUAAAGAAUAGACAAAACCUGAGCGAGGAGAUCCCCGCGAGUCCUGUAACCCCCGCGACCCCUGUGACGCCCGCCUUGGCACCGGUCCAAUUCCGAGAUCCUUUCCAGUCUGUCGACGGUCCUUCCGCAGAGCGGCCAGAGACAGCAUAUGUGCCAGAAGAGGAGAAGGACGGUCGGCCCUCAGUCUCCUUUGAUGAUGCAAGUACCAAGAGAGAUGCCCAGAAUGCAGCUCCACCAAAUGCUGAACAACGUGCCCGCGGCGGUUCCCUAACGUACCGCAAAAAGAGGGCUCUUUCGACACCCCUGCCCCAAUUGCCAAAAUCGGAAAGAGCAAUAUCAGAGUCGUUCCUGCCCAAUGGUCCGCGGAACAUUACGGAUCCUGCCCCGGCGGGAAUCGAGGGGCAUCAAGACUUCCUCCCCUCGCCGCCUGUGCCUCGAGAUUUCCGGCCUACAAUGGGUUCCCUUCGGGACAGAGCACUUCGCCCUUCGACGUCAGAUUCGGUGGCUCGGUCAGCUUUGAGAAGUGGUAGCUCCCCUCGUCAGUUCGAUUCUAAUAGCAUUAUCAACACAACGCGCCAACGUCCGAGGCGACAUUCGGUCGCAGCUUCCGAUCCAGCUUCAACCGUUAUCGGCUCCGACGACACUCGUGUGUUCACGUCGGGUGAUGAAGACGAAACGGACUUUCUUAGCGAUGGAGCGUUCGACUCGAUACGGACCCAUAUAACCACGAGCAGCAAGGCGGCAUCCCGUCGUCCCCGAGUUGAUACCAUUUUCGACAAUGCUCCAACAGCGGGGUCACCCGGACUCGCGAAACUGGAAGAUCUCAUCCCUCGGGGUACCUUUGCUCCACGGUCGUCCGUCGCGGAUCCAUUUGCCCCCGCCAUCGACAAAGCGCCUGUUCCCAGUUCGCUGUCGUUUAUCUCUCAAGAGAGAACAGAUACCCGGGGCUGCGAGAGCAGCAGACUCUCUCUCCUGUCUGACUUGAGCGAUGAUGACGACGACCGCAGCAUGGUGGCCGCACUCCCUGGCGAACCGAAUGGACCACUUUUCCUGCCGAAACAGAGGGCCUCGCGGUGGCCCAGACACGAGUAUGACUUGUCAGGACUCGAUGGCCUUGACGUCUUCGAAGAUCACAAUGGUGCACGGGUGUCGUCUAACCCGUACGAGUUCCGAAAUUCGAGCAAAGAGACUCUCGAAUCCGUACCCAAGAUAAAUAUCUUCGAUUGGUCUGAGAAACCCAGAAGUGAUCGCGAGGUGUCUGGAUCCGAAUCCCGUCCUCGAACGGUGCAUGGAAAACAGGCGCUUGAAUGUCGAGGAAGCCGUGCUCCUGUGCGAAAGGCACCGACCACUCUCCAUCUUCGAAGCCAAAGUGUUCCGGUAUCGCGAGACCCAUCGAUCUCCAGUGAAUCACGUCAAAGCUCCGGCAAAUUCGGGACGUGGGGCCUGGGCAGCAAAGUUGUCAGCGAGGACUGGGACAAUGAUUUUGAAUUCGACGAUGACGAUGAGGAAGACGAUGUCUUUGGUGAGAAAAUUGCGGAACCAAGCCAGAAUACGGCACGCCACGGAAUGGCCGUUCCCAAAGCCAUUAUGGACCGACAAGCCAGUCUCCACGGACAAUUUGGUCAUGUUCAAGAACUGACUUUGUUGGUCGAGGAGCUCAAACGUCUUCGACAUCAGGCUAGUGCUCUAGAUCUCGUCCACGGGCCAUCAAGUGAACUUUGGAAAGAGGCAGAUGGUAUUGUGAACCUGGCCACCGUCGAUGAAGACGACAACACUCCGUCUCCUCCGCGAUCGCCGUCAUCACUCACUUUCAGUUUCGACGAUUCGGAAGAAGAAUCUACCUUUUUGAGACGCGUGAGUGGCGAGUCAUGGCCGGCCUCGAUCUCAGGAGAAUCAUCUUCUGCAAAGGCAAAGUCCGUGCUCGAUCUGAUCUAUCAGCAACGCGCCUCCGCAUACAAUGACACCGACACUCCACGUCCUAAAAAGCUUCCCUUCGACACCCAGUCUCUUCACGACCUUGUCAUCCGUGCUGGGGUGGUCACCCGCUCUUUGAAAGAAGUGAUUCGCAAGGCUGAGGGAGUCAGUACUACGCCGGAGAAGGGCAUGGUCCCCGUGGACCCGCCGUUCAGUCGGAUCUUUGACCGAUCAUCUAAUGAUGAGGAUCAUGCCUUUUGCGGACUUUGA